AUGGGUCGCAGAAAGAUUGAGAUCAAGGCCAUCAAGGACGACCGGAACCGCUCCGUCACCUUCCUCAAGCGCAAAGGCGGCCUCUUCAAGAAGGCGCACGAGCUCUCGGUGCUCUGCUCCGUCGACGUGGCCGUCAUCAUCUUCGGCCACAACAAGAAGCUCUACGAAUUCUCUUCCGGCGACAUCAACGAGACCAUUGGCCGGUACCAAUAUGUCACGCAGUAUGGCGGAGCCCACGAGCACAAGGGUCCAGAGGACUUUAUGGGCAAGAAGGACGGCGACGACGAGGAUGAUGAGGACGACGAGGGCGCCCUGCCCCGGGACUCGCACACCCCGCCCGAGCACUCGAUGAUGCCCCAUCACAUGCAACACUCGCAGUUCCAGCACAUAAGACACGGCGCGCCGUCCAUGUCGCCGCCAAUCGGCAACGGCGCCUUCCAGCAGCGAGGGCCCUCCCCACAGCCGCCGCACCACCUGUCGCGACCGAACUCGCGAGUAGGCCACAUCCGCAGGCCGAGCUCCAACCUCGCGCCGCCGCAGCCCUACCCUUCGCAAGCCCCUCAGCCGCCGAACAACUAUGCCUACAUGCCGACCCCGCCCUUCUACAACCCGCAGGCUGCCCAGCAGAUGGCGCCCAAGCCCCAGCCUACACCGCCCGCCGCCCAGUACCAGUUCACGCACCCCAUGCCCACACAUUCUCAAGUCCAGUACAUGCAGCAAGAGCAGCAGCGCCGACAGUCUAUGCCACCCACCUUCCAGCAGCAGCAACAGGCACAACACCAACAUCAGCAGCAGCAGCAACACCAGCAUCAACAAGAGCAGCAGGCCCAGGUACAGGCGCAGCAACAGGCUCAGGUGCAAGCUCAACAACAAGCUCAGCAACAGGCUCAGCAACAAGCGCAGCAGCAGCAGCAACAACAACAGCAACAGGCUCAGCAGCAUCGGUUGUCUCCACCACCUCCACCUCCGCAAGUGUCCCAGCCGCAACAAGAGCACCCGCAACAGCCCACAAUCACCGUUCCGUCCCCGCCACAACAGAACGAUUUCCAGAGCCCCCCUCUUCCUCAGCCCAAGCCACUACACGCGUCUGCCAGACACAGCAUCUUCACACCCAUCGACGAUAGCCAGUCCAUGCUCGCAGCACACUGGGGCAGCAGCAACAACUCAAACCUGUCUCGCAGCGAAGCUCCCUACAUCAAACAGGAGAACCGAGCGCAGUCGAUUGAUGUGGCCGCCAUGUCGCGAUUGCAGCCAAACGGGGACCCGAAGCCUCAGGCGCAGCCUCCACAAGCGCCUGUCCAGCAGCCGCCGCAGCGAACACAGUCUACCUCUUCCAUGCCCACCAUUCCUCCUCCGUCGCGAACAAACAGCCUACGCAUGGGUGGUGAAAGCAAGCCGAGAUUGAGGGUGCAAAUUCCAAGCGAACAGUCAGACGCUGGGAGUGCGACGGCCGAUUCGUCUCCCAAAGACUCCGGAACGACAGGUGCAACCCCUGGACGAAGCACCGACGCAUCACACUCUUCUGGUGUAGUUCUGCCUCCUCCAUCACCAAGUGCCAAUUCGCUGCUAAGUGCCGGUGCAACUGGCCCGCCCAACCCCUUCGCUCGUCCUCCGCCGCCAUCAAACAGCAACUCGUACGGUAGCCGCGACAACAUGGAAACUCCCAUCUCAGCACUCCCCAGUCGCUUUGUUGAGAAUGGCCUGCUUCCUUCGCCUUCCAGCUUUUACCCCGAGUGGGGUUUUGGCCGCGACUCCAACAUGCUGCCGAGCCCCUUGACUUUCCAGACUCCGGUAGCCCCGAACGGACCCAGCUUCGCCCGCGACGACUCUGCCGAGCGCAAGCGCAAGACGUCUGAUCAGGGCUCAGAUGACGGCAACCAGAAGCGAGUCAAGACUUGA